AUAUCCCUUCAUUUGACGAAGAUAUCCCAUUUCCAGAGUUUUCCUCCGUCAGUUCCAAAACAACAACCGCAAAGACAGCAACCCGAACCAGUGCAUCAAAUACGUCCUAAUCAGCAACAGCAAUGGUAUCAACCAGAACCAGUUCAACAACCCCGUUCUAAUCAACAACAGCAGUGGCAGCAACCUGAACCAGUUCAGCAAUCACGUCCUAACCAGCAGCCCAUUGGUGUACGUAUAGAAAUUCGUACCAACCCAGCCUCCUCCUUCCCAAGUUCCGAAGAAAGGAAGCCGAAUGCUGUUUAUGUUACUCAACCCCUUGUCUUCCAAGAUCCAGGUCCAGGAGUACCUCCCCAACAGAAAAAAAUUGAUAGCCAAGGAGCUAGGAUAAUUCCAAUACGCGUGGAAGGUACUCACCAGGGUUCGGCAACUCCUCCCACUCCAAGCAGUGAAAGGUCUUUCAGCAGACAGCAAAGUUUUGGAAAUAAUCCUACGCAAUCAAACUCUUUCAAAAUAAUUCAGAAAAUCACAAACACCGAUGAAGACGAAGAUGAUGAGGAUACUCCGAUAACUAAACAUUCGCCCAGGUUUCCACAAAACUUCCAGCAGCCUGAACAAAUUGGCAAAAUGAAGGUGAAAGAUGUUGAUCAGAAUAUGUCGAACACAUUCAAACAAGACUUAAAUAUCCAUGACGAAGAAAAUCCUAGGUAUAGAGGAGGACAUAUACCAUCAAGGGUUUUCAAAAUACUAGAUGAAAGUGGUAUUGUAGUACUUCUAUAUUUAUUGGUGGUGGAACUUUCAUUUUUAUAGUAUCAUCAUGACCAA